CACCCCCACCCCCCCCUCCUCCACAGAUGAUCGUUAGUUAGCUGAUGUCUGUGUUUAACCCGCCGUUCCGCCGUCGCUCUGCCGCGUUCAUCUCGGCUCCCAGCGCUCGCCGCUCCGGCUCUGCGUCCCCGGGUGGAGCUCAGAGAUGCCCUCCUCUUCACAGACCUUCUCAGACCAUUCGCAUCUCCUCACACCUUCAGUGAGCACCGAGGCGCCGCAAACUGCUUUUGAUGCGAUCGAUCGUCGCGUCAAGUGAGACUUCCCCUCCUCGCAGCCUCGCGAUCGCGCGGGGGAUCGAUCAGAGCCUCUCUCCGUGGUGCUGAAAGUGACCCGCUGGCCGGAUUGCGCGCGGGGCCCCUUCUCUUUUUUUCUUCAUUACCAUGUAAUAUUUGUGAGUGGGAAUGAAUCGUAUUUACGCUUUAAAAAUUAACCAGCCGAACCCCACUUGCGAAUAUGUCUCAGAGCCCUACUGACUCAUAAAUAGAAAAACUGUAAAAGUGCUUCUGCAUGGAUUGAGUAAGUUUAAUGAUUUGGAGGUUUCUCUUUUUUGUAAGUUAAAGAGGAAGAAUCAUCAGAAAGAAGAGUCUGGCGAAAGCGGAUGAAUUUCUUACUUGCUCUUGGAUUUCUCGAACUGGAGAGUUGAGAUUGAGCUUCGCCUUGGCGCUCGCGCUCCCAGCAGAAGUUGAGCCGAGGACCGAUGAGCGUGUGGUGAAGGGCGAGCAGGAACGUGUGCGCGCGCCAUGGAGACCUCCGCCAACGGGUCCAGCUUUGGGAUCGACUCCUUGCUUUCUCACAGGCCCGGAAGUCCAGUCGCCUCGAAAGGGGACAGUCUGAUGGCGGAAUGCAGGUCUCCACUGGAGUUCAGCCCCCGGUCCGACAUGGAGAGCGCGUGCUCCUCGCCCCCAUCGCCGCGGCGGGAGUGCGUGGAAGAGGCGGCCCAGAGACAAGGUCCGGCCCUGGGGCUCCAGGCCCAUCUACAGCACGGGCCCAUGUCCGGCGGGUCGCAGCCACGGACCGUAACGUCGUCCUUCCUGAUCAGGGACAUCCUGGCGGACUGCAAGCCCCUGGCCGCCUGCGCUCCCUACUCGAGCAACGGGCAGCCCACGCAGGACGGAGGGCGGCUGGCCUCCAAAAUAGCGGAGGACUUCAUGGAGAAAAUCCACAGCAACUCGUCCUCGGACAGUGAAUACAAAGUGAAGGAAGAAGGCGACAGGGAGAUCUCGAGCAGCAGGGACAGUCCCCAGGUGCGGCUCAAGAAGCCCCGCAAGGCGCGCACGGCCUUCACGGACCACCAGCUCGCGCAGCUCGAGCGCAGCUUCGAGCGCCAGAAGUACCUGAGCGUGCAGGACCGCAUGGAGCUCGCGGCCUCGCUGAACCUGAGCGACACGCAGGUCAAGACCUGGUACCAGAACAGGAGGACCAAGUGGAAGCGGCAGACGGCGGUGGGACUCGAACUCUUAGCCGAGGCUGGGAACUAUUCGGCCCUGCAGAGGAUGUUUCCGUCGCCCUACUUCUACCCCCAAAGCCUGGUGUCGAACCUGGACCCCAGUGCGGCGCUCUACCUGUACCGGGGCCCCUCGGCUCCGCCACCCGCCCUCCAGCGCCCCCUCGUCCCGCGGAUCCUCCUGCACAGCCUGCAGGGGGGCAGCGAGCCUCCGCCGCCACCGCCGCCCCUGCCCGCGAUCCCCGCGGUGAUUCCACGGGGGACACAGCCACGGUGAGCGGGAGCCACGGGACUGCAGAGCGGGAGCUCUCCGCACCUCCGAACUGCGCAGAACUGUGCAGAACAGACAGAACCAGAAAGAGAGAGAGAGAGAGAGAGAGAGAGAAAGAGAAAAAAGGACUGAGAACCUGUCUCACCUCACAGCUCUAGCGUUUUAUGUUAAUUAUUUAUUUUUAAAAUUAUUUAUUGAAUUAGUACUAUGAUUAUUAUUAUUAUGGUUAUUAUUUCUCCACCAAGGAAACCCGCUGUAUCCACCAGGCACUUCUCCUCUUCGUUUCAUUGGGACAACAGGAAUGUUGCUGACGGCAAAAACUGGAAAACAUUAAAAACUCUGAAAGGAUCAGCGGGAUUUACAGGACAAAAAUAGCACUUUAUUCACUUUAUUAUCUUUAUCGAAGCUACUUAUAAACAAUGGCUCAUAUUAAAACAUAACUAAAACAUACGACGGGGAUGCUGACAACAAAAGUAUUAUUAUUAUUAUUAUUAUUAUUAUUAUUAUUGAAUAAUAACAACAACAAUAAUAACCAUAAUCAGUAAAGAUGACAAAUGUAUUGUUCGUUUAAUUUAUUUACACAAAUAACACGCAAAAUUUAAAGUUUAAUUACGAAACGCAAAGGUAUUGAUUUUAUUUUGCAGGCUAUAAUAUGAAAUAUGAAAGAAACCAGUCAGUACCACGGACCCCCGGAUCAAUUUAUCAUAUUUAUGCUCUAGAAAUUGUCGCCAUAGUCCACGUUUUAUUUUCAAAGCAGUAUUGAUAAAUGUUGACAUUUUUUUCCUACAAAACACGACUAAACUUGCUGAGGUGUAAAUAAGAGUAUUUUUACAAAAUUAAAAUUAACUUUUGUUUUACUGAUUUUUUUUUUAAAUCUGCACAUCCCUCAUAAAAUACUGUGCAGUGGAAAAAUGGCAGUUCCGUUCAAACACACUUCUUACAGAAAAAAAAAUGCCGUCGAUUCACAUUUCAUUGCAGUAUGUCACUUUUUUAUAUAAGACCUGACAUUCAUCUCCACGGAUUAAAAAUAACAUAAUGUAAAAAAAAUAGGAUCGAUUCACGAGUGUGCGUAAAUACUCUAAAUUAUGGGAGCAUUUCGAAAUAGAACACAAGGAAAAUAAUUUUAGGAUAAAAGUUAAGGUAGCACAUCUUUCAGGACAUGUCUUCAUAUUUAAAAGUUUUAUUGUUACUGUUUUAUCCUUAUUAAUAACACGAUGAUACUAAACAAUAACGAUACAUACUUAAUGUUAUUUUCAAUUUAACACAGUUAUGCCUGUUUUAUGUGCUACAUUUAUAUUUAAUUCCCCUGAUCCUGAAGGUCGCAGUUAUAGAAGCGAACAACGAGGUUUAAUCCCAAAAAAACUUUGUAUUGUGUUGAUGAGAUACUAGAAAAGGCUGAAUGAUCAAUGAAUUAUCAUCGAUCGCUUGUGAUGAUCAAUCGACAAACAGAGUGAGGAGCCAGUUCAUUUGGCCCAUUUGGACUUCCGUGCUUUUUUGAAAAAUAAUUUUGUUUUUUUUUUGAAAGAUAAAAAAUAUGUAUUUACAGAAACGCUGCGCAGAUCGAUCUAAGAUGAUUUUAUUUUCUUUUAUCGGAAAUUGAAAAUCCGUGGAAGAUCAUUGUAACUCUCUUUGGUGGAAGUGUACAUUGCCAAUAUGACCUUGUCGCGCGGCUCUUGUUGUGAAGUGGUUCUCGUGAUGCCCCCCACCCCACACCCUCACCCCCCGCAGUGUUGGCAAAAUGAACCUUUUUAUUCCAGGGUGUUCAACAGAGACCGAAAAUAUGGGGGAGUUUUGGUGUGAGAAUUCAUACAUUUUUUUUAAUGUACAAAUAAAGUUCGUACAAUAAAUGACAGACUGGGCUUCAGUUUAAUUAAUUUUAAUGUACACAUAACGGGGAAAACCUUACUAAAAACAUUUUCUGCUUUUAUGGUUAGGCGUGAAAUUUGGCGGGAAAAAAGGCAAGAAUUAACGGCAUUAUUUGAUACCAUCAACAGACAACGGGGUACAAACUAGA